UUACGUUCUUCAGAGUUCCAGUAUUAAGAGUAUUGUUGCAAAGUAAAAAAUGUCGCAGUUGUUGAAUAAAGCGAAGAACUUCGUGUCGGAGAAGGUAAACGAGAUGGCGAAGCCUGAGGCGAGUGUGAGCAACGUGGACUUCAAGCGCGUGAGCAAAGAUAGUAUGGAGUACUUGGUGAAGGUAGCUGUCCGUAACCCUUAUUCAACUUCCAUACCCAUCUGCGAGAUCAGAUACUCUUUCAAAAGCGCGUCAAGGGAGAUAGCAUCAGGGACAAUUCCAGACCCAGGAUCUUUGAAGUCAAAGGACACGACCAUGGUGGAUGUGCCAAUUAAGGUUCCAUACAGCAUAUUAAUGUCCUUAGCAAGGGACAUUGGUGCCGACUGGGACAUCGACUACCAACUCGAUAUUCGUCUCAUUAUUGACCUUCCUGUCAUUGGCAACUUCACCAUUCCUCUCUCUCACACCGGAGAGAUCAAGCUUCCAACCCUCUCUACCAUGUUUGCCUAAAGCCUUCCUUCCAAAACCAUCAUUUCUUUUCCUUUUAUAUGUAUCUUUCCACCCUUUUGCAUCUUCUAAAACUAUAUAUGUACAUGGUCUUAUAAUAAAGCCACUCUUCAUAUGUAUGGUUGUCAACUUCAUAAACGUAUGUUCAUCUUUCAUUUA